AUGGAGAGAAAUGAAUUUUAUAAAAAAUAUCAAGAAUAUUAUGGUCAUAAUGUAGAUGAAAUUCCAAGUAUGGUAGAAUUUAAAAAGAUAGAAUUAUAUGAUUUGUAUUCAAGUGUAAUAAAUCAUGGCGGAUAUUCAUGUGUUAGUAGAAAUGCUAAGUGGCUAAAGAUAGCAAAGGAAUUUGGUUUAAUAAAUAAAGAAAAAAAUAUAAAAUUAAUUGAAACAAGAGAAAUAAAAGAAUAUUAUCUAAAUUACCUUAGAGAAUUUGAGAGAAUACAUGAUAAUAUUAAAAAAGGGAAAAUUGUAACAAAAAAAUAUAGAAGCUAUUCAAGAAUAAAUAGUUUAGAAAUGAAAGACAAAAAAAAAUUAAAAAAUAAUAAAAACAAAAGUAAAAUCGUUAAAGAUGAGAAUAAUUUAAACAAUUUAUAUGAAAAUUUUUAUUUCAAUACUCAUAAUGAUAUAACAGAAAAAAAUAAUUUGAUAGAUAACGAUAAUAAUGUAAAUAAUACAAAUUAUAUGAAUAAUGUAAAUAAUACUAAUUAUAUGAAUAAUUUAAAUAAUACAAAUUAUAUGAAUAAUAUAAAUAAUACAAAUUAUAUGAAUAAUGUUAAUAAUAUAAAUAAUAUAAAUUAUACAAAUUAUACAAAUUAUAUAAAUUAUAUGAGUAAUUAUAAUAGUGAUACUAUUAAUUAUAAAGGUAACAAUAAUAAUAGUGAUAAUAAUAGUUUGGUUAACUUUACUAGUAAUGAUAACAAUAACUUAAAUAAUAACAUGAAUAUUAUGAUUAAUAACUUUAAUAAUUACGUUAAUAAUAUUCAUUAUAUAAAUAACUUUACAAAUGGUAAUUAUAAUAAUAAUAAUAAUAACCACAUGAAUAAUAAUAAUAGUUAUAUGAAUAAUUAUUGUAUAAAUAGUGAUAUUAAUAAUAAUAUGCCAAAUAACAUCAAUAUAAAAAAUGAAGUUAAUAACCUUAAUAAUUAUGCAAACACUAGUUAUAUGAAUAAUAAUUACAUAAAUAAUAAUCACCUAAAUAAUAAAGUUUUAAAUAAUAACAAUAUCAAUAAUAAUUAUUUAAAUAAUAAUUAUACUAAUAAUGGAAAUAAUGUAAAUAAAUUUAAAGCUCAGAAAUGUAUAGACAUCUAUAGAUUAUUGUUGGCUAUAUAUAAAAGAAAAGAAAAAAUUGCUGAUUUCAUAUUCUGUUUAAAUAUAUUUUAUUCUAUAUCCACCAUGAAAGAUAUUGUAUCAAUGAAACAAAUUAAUAUUAUUAUAUGUUUGCUUUUGCAUACUUUGGAGGAUAUUUUUAAAGUUUUUUAUGAAGAAUUUAAUAUUAAAAAAAGAUCAAUAAAUAUAAUGAUAGAAUCAUUCUCUCAAUAUUUAAUAAAUAAUAAUAAUAAUAAUAAAAUUAUUAAAAAUUUUAUACACAUUAAUAGUAAUUACAUGAUGGGAUAUUAUGAAAAUUUAUCCAAAUACAAUGAAAUAAAGAAUGAGAAUAUAAAGAAAGAUAAUGAUAAAAAAAGUAAUUUAGGGGAAUAUAAUGAAACACAAGCUGUUAAAAAUGAAUAUGAUAUAGAAGAUUUAAACAAAAAUGAAAAUAAUAAUAAUAAUUGUAAAAAUAGUACUAGAAUAAUGAACAUUUUAUUAAAUAAAGAAAUAAAAGUAAAAGAUAUUAUGGACUUAUAUUUAUCAUAUUAUGACUACUAUAAAAAUAAAAAAAACAAGAUUAAAAGGAUAAAAAAUAUGAAAAAUAUAAAAAAAAAAAAAGAGAAAAAAAAAAAAAGGAGGGAAAUAGGAAUUACUGAUAAUAAUGAUACAUUUCAUUUUUCUAAUUCUACUUAUUCUAGUAGCAUUAAUAGUUCUGAUAUAGAAAAUAUAAUUGAAAAAAAAAAGGAUGAAAAAUAUACUUUAAAUUUUUAUAAAAACAAGAAAGACGAAGACGAAUUUCUAACAAAAAAAAGUUGUGUUGAAUUUAUAUAUCUAAUUUUAUAUAUAAUAAAUAACUUAUUUCUAAUUAAUAAGUAUAAUUUAUAUUAUUCGUAUAUAAAAAUAUAUUAUAAGAAGGAAAGAAAAAAAAGACAAAAUUAUAAAAGUUUAAAAAAAUCUAAUUCUUAUGAGUUUUUUUUAAAUAAAAAUGAUGAUUUUUUAAAAAAAUUAGAUCAUUCAUCUUGUGAUCAAUUAAAAAAGAAAAGGAAGUUUGAUAAUCAAAGUUUAUCUAACUCAAAGGAAAGUUUAGAUGAAAGUAUUUCACAAGAAAUUUCGCAAAGUGUAUCAUCAGCAUCAUCGUCAAUAUGUAGUAUGUAUAGUUAUAAAAGUAAAAAAUCAAACAAAUUAACAUUGAAUAGAGGAAUAACUAGAUUAUAUGCAAAAAUUUUAAAUAAUAAAAAAAAAAUAUCUAGAAAAAAUGAAGAAUUAAAUAAAAUAAACUUUAAUGAAAGUUUUGAGAAAACUCAUAGAAUUCCUAAAUCUAAUAAUUCAUGCGAAAAACAGAAUUUGCCUUUAAUUACAUUUGAACAAGAGGAUAUAGAUAUGAAUAAAAAGACAAUACAUAAUAAAUUUUAUGAAAAAGAAUUAUUUAAUUGUACUACUGAUGAUAUAAAAGAAGAAAGUAUAUCGAAGAAUUAUAUUCCUAAAAUAAACAACAUAAAUCUAAAUAAAAGUAAUUGCAAUAAUAUUUUUUUAAAAAAUCCAACGUAUAAUAUGAAUGAUGGCAAUUUUAAUCAAAAUACAAACUAUUUUAUGCAUAAUAAUUUGAAUUCUUAUAAUUUAAAUCAUUAUUUGAAUAACUUUAAAAAUAAUUAUAAUAAUUCAUUGAAAGUUUAUUCCCAUUUCUAUAAUAUAUUCAAUCAUAAUAACAGUAAUAAUAUGCUUAUUAAUAAUUUUAAUAUACAUAAUAAUUUAAGCAACCCAUACAGUAAUUAUAUAAAUUUUAAAAACAGUAAGAAUAAUAUUAAUACACUUUGUAAUGGAUAUAAUGAAUGUUUUAAAAUAACAGAACCUAUUAAUACAAAAUAUAAUGAUGAUAUAAUCAUGAAUGAUGAAAAAAAUACAAAUAAAGACUCAUUAUCUUACGAAAAAAAAAAUGAAAAUUAUAAUAACCUUGAAGACAAAAAAGAUAAUAAUAACGAUAAUAAAAUAAAAGAAAGAAAUAAUAAAACAUAUAAAUUCCUUGAUAUGAAAUAUGAAAAAGUAAUAAGUGAUAAUGAAAAUAAUAUUACAGAAAGAGUAAUAGAAAAAGAAUUAAAUAUUGGGGAUAAUCUGAAUUAUCAAGAAAAUUACAACGAUAAAGAUGAAAAAAAUAAAUUUAAUAAAGAGGAUAAUAAUUGCAAUAAUGAUGAUAAAAUAAAUAAAAAUAUAGAAAUAAGUAAUAAUUACAAUGGAAUUAAUACUAAAAAUUUUAAUAAAGACAAUAUUAAUGAAAAUAAUAUUAUAAAUGAAAGUAAUAAUAAAAACAUUAUAAAUAGUAGUAACGAUGAAAAUAUUGUAAAUAAUAGUAAUGAUAAUAACAAAAAUAACAAGAUUCAUCAUGAUAACAAUAGUAAUAAUAAUAGUGAUUUCACUAUUAAUAAUAUUAGUAGCAAAGAUGACACAAAUGAUUAUAAUAAUAAAAGUGAUUGUAGUGAUAAUAUAAAUUGUAAUAAUAAUAAUAAUAAUAAUAAUAAUAAUAAUAAUAAUAAUAAUAGUGAUUGUAAUGAUAUUAAUAAUGAUUGUAGUGAUAAUAUAAAUUGUAAUAAUAAUAAUAAUAAUAAUAGUGAUUGUAAUGAUAUUAAUAAUGAUUGUAAUGAUAAUAUAAAUUGUAAUAAUGAUAAUAUAAAUUGUAAUAAUAAUAAUAAUAAUGAUUUUAAUAAUAAUAACAGUGAUUGUAAUAAUAAUAGUGAUUAUUAUAAUAAUGAUAAUAAUAAUAAGAUAAAUAAUAAGAAUAAGAAUGAGAAUUCUAUAAAUAAUAAUAGUGAUGAAAAUGUAAUAAAUAAUAAUUAUAAUUAUUAUAGUAAUAUUAUAAAUAUAAGAAAUAAUGAUGAAAACAGUUCAAUUAAUAUAAAUAAUGAUAAUAAUAAUAAAAAUAUUACAAAUAUAAAUUAUCAUAAUAUAAGUAAUGAUACUGAAAAUAAUAAGAAAAAUACGAAAUAUUUUAAUAAUUCAUGCUCAUUUAUAAAUAAUAAUAAUUCACGUAAUUUAAAUUAUAUUUAUCCAAAUAAUGAUAAUAUGAAUAAUUUUGUAAAUUAUAAUUACACAAAUAUUAAUAAUGAUAAUUUUUUAUACAACAAUGAAAAUCAUAACAAUAUUAAUUUAUCAUAUCCAUUUAACAUUAAUUUUUGCAACAAUGGUUUUAAUUAUUAUAACUUUAACUCAGAAGAAAAAAUGAACUGGAAUUUUAAUAAUUUAUUUAUGUUAAAACCUUUAUUUGAAGGAAAUCAUAUAUCUUCAAAUAGUAAGUGUAAUCAAAAAGACAUAAAUAAAUAUUUUAUGAUCAAUAAUGAUUUUAAUGUUAGUAAUUUAAACAAUUAUUGUUACAAAAUUAAUGAUAAUUCUCCUAUGUUAAGUAGUUAUGUUAAUAAUAUAGAUAACAUGACUUGUAUAUUAAAUGAUAAUAAUAAUUAUUAUAUUAAGAAUAAUAAUGAUAGAAAUAGAAUUACUAAUAAUGUUUGUGUUACUAAUGUUAACAAAAGCAAUAAUGAAAAUAGAAACAACGAAGGUAUUAAUGAAAAUGAUGAUGAUGAUAGUAAUAUAAUCAAUAAUAAUGAUAAUAAAAAUAUUCAUCUAAAUAUAAAAUCAAAUAAUAAUAAUAAUAAUAAUAAUAAUACAGAAUAUAUUUCAGAAAGUUCUUAUAAAUCAGUUGAAGAUAAUAAUAAACAAAAAGUAAGAAAAAUUUACAGAAAUAUAAAGAACAGCAUGUAUGAAGAUAUGAAAAAAAUUUUCAAUCAAAAAAAAAUAAAAGAGAAUAAAUAUAAAUUAAUGCAUUAUUUUGAUUUAAGUAAAUUUAUUAGUCUGUUUGAAACAAUAUUUUUAAAAAAUUUUGAAAAUAUUCUCUAUCAUGAAAAAGUUGUUCAGAAUAUAUAUAUUAAUAUGUUUAUUUGUAUUGAUAUAUUAAAUAAUGAAUUAAGAAAAAAUAUUUCUUUAAAAUAUGUAUUUUUUCCGAUAAAUUUUUUAGAAUAUAAAAAUAAGUUUAAGAUUGUUGCACAUUUCGAUAACAAUAACAAAUUCUUAGUAAAAUCUAAGUGUUUAAAAGUAGAAAAUAAAGAAAUUAAAAAAUAUGAUAUUUAUGAAAGAAAAUCAAACAAAGGUAAAAAAGAAGAUAGUUUUAACAUAAAUGAAGAUAGAAAUAGUAAUCCACCUGAAAAUUUGCAUAAUGAUAAAAUAGACAAUAUUUAUCUUAAUAAUUUGAUAUAUUACUCAGAAUCAGAAAGUAGAGAAAAUAUUAACUUCUUAGAAGAAACAAAUGAAAAAGAAAGAAAGAUUGAAUAUAAGAAUGAUUCAAGUAAUUAUGUAGAAUAUGAAAAUAAUGAUUUCAAUGAGAAAAAAAUUCCUAUAAAAGAAUUAAAUGGAUAUGAAUAUAGAAAAAAAAUGAAAAGAUUAUUUUUAAGGAUUUUUAGGAAAAAUAAUAACAAAUAUAAUAUUUAUAAAAAAAUUGAUUUAAAAUAUUUAAAAGAAAAUUAUAAUUACUAUGGUAUGAUAUCUUGUAAAGAAAAACAAAAGUAUAAAAAGUCUAUAAUAUUAGACUUACAUGAAAUUACGAAAAAAAUUUUAUUAAAAGUAUAUAAACGAGUUAAUAGUUAUUUAAAUAUAGCUAUUUUAUCGUUGAAUAUAUUAACAUAUAUACUAUAUUUAAUACCUAAAAAAAUGUUUGUUGUAUCUUUUAUUCCAUAUAUUUUAAAUAAAAUUAUUAAUGUAAAAUGCAUAUACUCAUAUUUGAACAUUCCUUUAUGUAUUUUAAAUUAUAAUGGCUUUCUUUUUUUAGAAACUAUGAUGAAAUUUAUUACUCAAAUGAUAAUAAAUAAUGUCAUUCCUAUGCAUUCAUAUAUAUUGUCAUUUUUGCGUAUAUGCUCAGUCCCUUUGUAUAUAUUUUUAUACUUUGAUAUACCAUUAUCUCAUACACUUAUCCUUACUUCGUUAUCAGCUAUAUAUCAACUAAUAACAUAUGAUGCUAACUUUUUAGCAACAGGAAUUAUUAAAAAAAAAACUUUUAAUGAAGAACAUUCAUUAAAUUCUGAUAAAAAUAAUAAUUCAAAUAAUAUAAAAAAGAAGAUUUCAAAGAAUUGUAAAAAACAAAAAAUUUUCGAUAAUUUAGAAAAAGAAAAUUCAGCAGAGAAAUCACCAAAAAUGUAUGAAAUAUAUGAGGAUAAUAUUUUAUCAAAUGAAAUAUAUGAAUGUAGAAAAGAUAAUGAAAAAUUUAAUACAAAUAAAGAUGAGAAUAAAAAUGAAGAUGAAAGUGUAUAUGAGUUAAGUGAAGAGAGAAAAGCGUUAUUAGAAGACAUAUUUUUAAGAACUCUUUUAUUGUUUUUGAAAAAAUCCAUUUAUUUUAAAAGCAUUUUUAAUUCUGCUAAUAUAAAUGAGAGGGAAGAAAUGCUAAUAGAUAGCAAAAAAGUUGAAACAAUUUUAAAUCAAUUUAAUAUUAAUAAGGAAUUAAAAAAAGAGCAAAAUGAAUUAUAUUUUUCUAAUAUAGAGAAUAAGGUUUUUUACUUACAUGAUAAUUUACUUUUAUAUGCACUUGAUAGUUUAACAAUUUCAAAUCAUGCUAAAGAUAUUAAAAUGUGUAAAAACAUAAAAAAACAAUAUGAAAAUUACAGUACUGCGGAAAAUACAUUUUCACAGGAUUUUUUAUCAUCAGAAAAUUCAGAAAUACAGAGGUUAAGCAUUUAUGCUCAUUCUAUAGUAUCUAUUCUUUUGUUUUUAUCAUCUCAUAACAUUUUGUGGGAGUGUUUAGCAUCUCAUAUUCCUUUAAUUACUCAUGUGGCAUUUAUUCAAACAGAUAUUACUCCAUCCUUAUGGGUCAUUUUAAAAGAGUAUUAUUUCCGAAAUUACAUGAAAGAAAAAAAAAGUAGGAUAAAUUCUAGUAAAUAUCUUGAUUCCAAAAUUAUAAAAAUUGAAAAAGUUAAAUGA